ACUUGGGGUCCCAGGAAAUUGGAAUCUGAGACUGAAACACUCUUAGUGGGAUCUGUACGGCAAAUUAUGUUAAAGGAGAAAAUGUGAGAAACACAAUAGAGCCUGGCAUGGUGGUUCACACCUGUCAUCUCAGCACUUUGGGAGGCCAAGGGGGAGGAUCGCUUGAGGCCAGGAAUUCAAGACCAGCCAGAGUAACAGUGAGACCUCCGUCUCUACAGAAAUGUUUCUAAAAUUGGCCCAGCAGUGGUGGCGCACACCUGUAGACCCAACUUCUUAGGAGGCUGAGGUGGGAGCACUUGAACCUAAGAGUUCAAGUGAGCCCUGAUGAUGCCAGUGCGUCCAGCCUGAGCAACAGAGCAAGAUCCUGCCUCCAAAAACAAACAAACAAUCAGUAGGGCGUCAGCUACGGGAGUUACUGUUUAGGUGCAAUCAGAUUAGGAUGAGAGGAUCCGAACUGAUGAGCAUUUCAGCAGGUGAAAGAUGGUAAGUGGCCAUUUCUAUUAGCAUUAAGUAGUCACCGAUGUGGUUUCAUCGGAAUUCACAAUACAUGUGUGGCUCCCAAAUUGAGUUUCAAAGUCUUGGGUUCAUGGUGUCCCUCUGCCCAGCAAAAUAAAGUGCAAAUCUUACGGAGCAACACAUUUUAAGUUCAGGCCUCAAGUACUUCCAGAGACAAAAAUCCUGGGGACACUAGCUCAGAAUGGGGGAAAGGGGACCCUGAGCCAAGAGUCAACCAGGAUAACAUGCAGAAUCAGAUCUGCAAAGGCUGCAGAUACUGUAGUUAUGAGACACACACAAAGCUUAAAUAUGUGGUUGGAAGUGUAAGAGCCUAUCAAAACUGCUAGAAUAUAAGAAAUCAAAUAGGACAAAAAUAGAAUCAUUGGCAGGGCGCAGUGACUCACGCCUGUAAUCCCAGCACUUUGGGAGGCCGAGGGAGGCGGGUGGAUCACUUGAAGUCAGCAGUUCAAGACCAGCCUGGCCAACAUGGUGAAACCCCAUCUCUAUUAAAAAUACAAAAAAAUGAGCCAGGCGUUAAUGGCGCUUGUCUGUAAUCCCAGCUACUCAGGAGGCUGAGGCAGGGGAAUCGCUUGGACCCAGGAGGUGAAGGUUGCAGUGAGCCGAGAUCGCGCCAUUGCACUUCCAGGCUGGGCGUCAAGAGCGAAACACCGUCUCAAAAAAAAAAAAAAAAAAUCGCUGAAAUUAAUAACCCAGUGGAUGGGUUAAACAGAUUGCACAUAGCUGAAAAGAAACAAAAUCUGGACGGGCGCGGUGGCUCACGCCUGUCAUCCCAACACUCUGGGAGGUCGAGGCGGGCGGAUCACUUGAGAUAAGGAGUUUGAGAUCAGCCUGGCCGACAUGGCGAAACCCCAUCUCUACUAAAAAUACAAAAUUAGCUGGUCUGUAAUCCAGCUACUCCGGAGGCUGAGGCAGAAGAAUCACUCGAACCCGGAAGGCGGAGCUUGCAGUGAGCCAGGAUCGCGCCACUGCACUCCAGCCUGGGCGUCAGAGCAAGACUCCAUCUCAAAAAAAAAAAAAUCUGAAGCAGUCAAUGCAGUAGGGAGAAGUGGGCGAAAGGAAGGAGGCCACGCUGCUGGGUUUCAGGAUGAGAUGGACGUUGAGGGUGCAUUCACAGAAUCCCGGGAGGAGCCAGCUGAGUGGGGAAGGCACUAGGAGAGGGGAGGCGCUGGGCGCGGACUAAGCGGGGCGCGGUGCUGUAGGGAACGUGGGCUCAUCAGGGCGGCCGGGGUUGAGGCGCAGGCGCUGAGCCUUCACCUCAGUCCGCCGAAGUGUGCAGAGCCUGGAGACGCGACCGAGGUCACCGGAAGCCCAGGGUGGCGGGGACAUGCUCAAGCUACCGCGCGCUAGGGGAAGCGACCACUGCCACCCCGCGGAUCCCAUCAGCCUGGCCGGGAGCUCCCGCUGCCCCACUCAGCCGCGCUUCCGGCCCGAAGCCCCGCUUCCUCUGACGUCACGGCCCCUGCGCCCCCUGGCGGCGCGGCUGCGGCGAGACGCGCGGGCACCGCCCCCUCCGGCUGGAGGGCGGGACUUCCGGCGAGUGAAUGACGGGCGCAGCCUCGGCAGCGGCGGCGGCGGAGCCCUGAGGCGACAGCAGCUGCGGGAAGCGACGGGCCGCGGCCUGCAGGACCUGAGGCAGCCGGGGAGGGCCGGGCGCGCCGGCCGGAUAGCGAGCCGCGCUGGCGGCGGCGGUGGCCGCGAUGAUGGAGAUCCAGAUGGACGAGGGCGGCGGCGUGGUGGUGUACCAGGACGACUACUGCUCCGGCUCGGUGAUGUCGGAGCGGGUGUCGGGCCUGGCGGGCUCCAUCUACCGCGAGUUCGAGCGCCUCAUCCACUGCUACGACGAGGAGGUGGUCAAGGAGCUCAUGCCGCUGGUGGUGAACGUGCUGGAGAACCUAGACUCGGUGCUCAGCGAGAACCAGGAGCACGAGGUGGAGCUGGAGCUGCUGCGCGAGGACAACGAGCAGCUGCUCACCCAGUACGAGCGCGAGAAGGCGCUGCGCAGGCAGGCGGAGGAGAAAUUCAUUGAGUUUGAAGAUGCUCUGGAACAAGAGAAGAAAGAGCUACAAAUCCAGGUGGAGCACUAUGAGUUCCAGACGCGCCAGCUGGAGCUGAAGGCCAAGAACUAUGCCGAUCAGAUUUCCCGGUUGGAGGAGCGGGAGUCGGAGAUGAAGAAGGAGUACAACGCCCUGCACCAGCGGCACACAGAGAUGAUCCAGACCUACGUGGAGCACAUCGAGAGGUCCAAGAUGCAGCAGGUCGGAGGAAACAGUCAGACCGAGAGCAGCCUGCCGGGGCGGAGCAGGAAGGAGCGCCCCACCUCCCUGAACGUGUUCCCCCUGGCUGACGGCACGGUACGUGCACAGAUCGGGGGCAAGCUUGUGCCUGCGGGGGACCACUGGCACCUGAGUGACCUCGGCCAGCUGCAGUCCAGCUCCAGCUACCAGUGUCCACAGGAUGAAAUGUCCGAGUCAGGCCAGUCCUCGGCGGCCGCCACACCCAGCACCACAGGCACCAAGUCCAACACGCCCACAUCCUCCGUGCCCUCAGCCGCCGUCACACCCCUCAACGAGAGCCUGCAGCCCCUGGGGGACUAUGGCGUGGGCUCCAAAAACAGCAAGCGUGCCCGGGAGAAGCGCGACAGCCGCAACAUGGAAGUCCAGGUCACCCAGGAGAUGCGCAACGUCAGUAUAGGCAUGGGCAGCAGUGACGAGUGGUCUGAUGUUCAGGACAUUAUUGACUCCACGCCAGAGCUGGACAUGUGUCCAGAGACCCGCCUGGACCGCACAGGAAGCAGCCCAACCCAGGGCAUCGUGAACAAAGCUUUCGGCAUCAACACGGACUCCCUGUACCAUGAGCUGUCGACGGCAGGGUCUGAGGUCAUCGGGGAUGUGGACGAAGGGGCCGACCUCCUAGGUGAAACCUCCGCACCUUCUAUUUCAGGAAUGGGCAAAGAAGUGGGGAAUCUGCUACUGGAAAACUCACAGCUUCUGGAAACCAAAAAUGCCUUGAACGUGGUGAAGAACGACCUGAUUGCCAAGGUCGACCAGCUCUCUGGGGAGCAGGAGGUGCUGAGAGGUGAGCUGGAGGCUGCCAAGCAGGCCAAAGUCAAGCUGGAAAACCGUAUCAAGGAGCUGGAAGAGGAACUGAAAAGAGUGAAGUCUGAGGCCAUCAUUGCCCGCCGUGAACCCAAAGAAGAGGCGGAGGAUGUAAGCAGCUAUCUCUGUACAGAAUCGGACAAAAUCCCCAUGGCCCAGCGCCGCCGCUUCACGCGGGUGGAGAUGGCCCGUGUGCUCAUGGAGCGGAACCAGUACAAGGAGCGGCUGAUGGAGCUGCAGGAGGCUGUGCGGUGGACGGAGAUGAUCAGAGCGUCCCGAGAGCACCCAUCUGUCCAGGAGAAGAAGAAGUCGACCAUCUGGCAGUUCUUCAGCCGCCUCUUCAGCUCCUCCUCCAGCCCCCCUCCAGCCAAGCGCCCCUACCCCUCGGUGAACAUCCACUACAAGUCACCCACCGCAGCCGGCUUCAGCCAGCGCCGCAACCAUGCCAUGUGCCCGAUCUCAGCAGGCAGCCGGACCCUGGAAUUCUUCCCUGACGACGACUGCACGUCCUCCGCCCGUCGAGAGCAGAAGCGUGAGCAGUACCGCCAGGUGCGUGAGCACGUGCGUAACGACGACGGCCGUCUGCAGGCCUGCGGCUGGAGCCUGCCCGCCAAGUACAAGCAGCUGAGUCCCAACGGGGGCCAGGAGGACACGCGGAUGAAGAACGUGCCGGUGCCCGUGUACUGCCGCCCUCUGGUGGAGAAGGACCCCACCAUGAAGCUGUGGUGUGCCGCGGGCGUCAACCUGAGCGGGUGGAGGCCCAAUGAGGACGUCGCUGGGAAUGGAGUCAAGCCAGUGCCAGGCCGCGACCCCCUGACCUGCGACCGCGAAGGAGACGGCGAGCCCAAGAGCGCCCACGCGUCUCCCGAGAAGAAGAAGGCCAAGGAGCUCCCUGAAAUGGACGCCACCUCCAGCCGGGUGUGGAUUCUGACCAGCACCCUGACUACCAGCAAGGUGGUGAUCAUCGACGCCAACCAGCCGGGCACUGUGGUGGACCAGUUCACCGUCUGCAACGCGCACGUGCUGUGCAUCUCCAGCAUCCCCGCGGCCAGUGACAGCGACUACCCCCCUGGGGAGAUGUUCCUGGACAGCGACGUGAACCCAGAGGACCCGGGCGCGGACGGUGUGCUGGCCGGUAUCACCCUGGUGGGCUGUGCCACCCGCUGCAACGUGCCGCGGAGCAACUGCUCCUCCCGAGGGGACACCCCAGUGCUAGACAAGGGGCAGGGGGAGGUGGCCACCAUCGCCAAUGGGAAGGUCAACCCGUCCCAGUCCACAGAGGAGGCCACAGAGGCCACGGAGGUGCCAGACCCUGGGCCCAGCGAGCCAGAGACGGCCACGUUGCGGCCUGGGCCUCUCACAGAGCACGUCUUCACUGACCCAGCCCCCACCCCGUCCUCUGGCCCCCAGCCUGGCAGUGAGAAUGGGCCAGAGCCUGACAGCAGCAGCACGCAGCCAGAGCCGGAGCCCAACGGGGACCCCACGGGAGCAGGCAGCAGUGCUGCACCCACCAUGUGGCUGGGAGCCCAGAACGGCUGGCUCUAUGUGCACUCGGCUGUGGCCAACUGGAAGAAGUGCCUGCACUCCAUCAAGCUGAAGGAUUCCGUGCUGAGCCUGGUGCAUGUCAAAGGCCGUGUGCUGGUGGCUUUGGCGGACGGGACCCUGGCCAUCUUCCACCGUGGUGAAGAUGGCCAGUGGGAUCUGAGCAACUAUCACCUAAUGGACCUGGGCCACCCGCACCACUCCAUCCGCUGCAUGGCUGUUGUGUACGACCGCGUGUGGUGUGGCUACAAGAACAAGGUGCACGUCAUCCAGCCCAAGACCAUGCAGAUUGAGAAGUCAUUUGACGCCCACCCGCGGCGGGAGAGCCAGGUGCGGCAGCUGGCGUGGAUCGGCGAUGGCGUAUGGGUGUCCAUCCGCCUGGACUCCACCCUGCGUCUCUACCACGCACACACGCACCAGCAUCUACAGGACGUGGACAUCGAGCCCUACGUCAGCAAGAUGCUAGGCACUGGCAAGCUGGGUUUCUCCUUCGUACGCAUCACGGCACUGCUUGUCGCGGGCAGCCGGCUCUGGGUGGGCACUGGCAACGGAGUGGUCAUCUCCAUCCCCCUGACAGAGACUGUGGUCCUGCACCGAGGCCAGCUCUUGGGGCUCCGAGCCAAUAAGACAUCCCCCACCUCUGGGGAGGGCGCCCGUCCCGGGGGCAUCAUCCACGUGUACGGCGAUGACAGCAGUGACAGGGCGGCCAGCAGCUUCAUCCCCUACUGCUCCAUGGCCCAGGCCCAGCUAUGCUUCCAUGGGCACCGCGAUGCCGUGAAGUUCUUUGUCUCGGUGCCAGGGAACGUGCUGGCCACCCUGAACGGGAGCGUGCUGGACAGCCCAGCCGAGGGCCCUGGGCCAGCUGCCCCUGCCUCGGAGGUCGAGGGCCAGAAGCUGCGGAACGUGCUGGUGCUGAGCGGUGGGGAGGGCUACAUCGACUUCCGCAUUGGAGACGGAGAGGACGACGAGACGGAGGAGGGCACAGGGGACGUGAGCCAGGUGAAGCCCAUGCUGUCCAAGGCGGAGCGCAGUCACAUCAUCGUGUGGCAGGUGUCCUACACCCCCGAGUGAAGCUGCUGCCCUGCCUGGCCCGACCUGUACAUAGGACCCCCGACCACCUGACCCCCGCCCGCCCCGCGGGGUAGCCAGCCAGGCGCCGCCGCCCCUCUUCUAACCUCUCAACCUGCAGCUUUCACCUGAGUCUGGCCCCUCCAGCGGGCAGGGAGUGCGGGGAUGCCGAUCAGCUGGGAGGAGGAGGGGAGGGGUGCUUCCACCCGAGGGGAAAAUGCUCUCGGGACAGUUUCCCAGGCAGCUCCUGGCCAGCUUCCAGCCCGGAGUCCUCAAGUCCAGGGCACCUUGGGCCCAGCACAGGUAGAAUCCAAGGUAGUCCUGGCUUUACCCUGGGCCUCCUACUCCCCAGCACCCCUGGAAGAGGCAGGGGCUCCCCGCCGCCGAGGCUGCCUGCCCUGGGCCCACCUCUGCAUGCUGCUCAUGGGGCCACCCUGCCUCCUGGGCCCUCACUCUGCCUAGGGGAGCUGGGCCAGGCACUAGCCUUUGCCCAGGGAGGUGGGCCUCAGGCUGCCCAGGUGCCUGCACCCCAGCCGGCCUUCUCUGGGGCCUCCCCGUCCUCAAGCCUCUAUCCUCUGUCUGUCCCCACCCCAGCUGUCCCCUGCCCAGGGAGCUGGCAUGAAAGCACGAGGCCCGGCUCCCUGGGGCAGCUGCUUGAGAAGAGAGACUGCUAUCCCAUCCUGCCCAUGCAGGCAGGCUCUCGCCAGCCCCGUUCUGACCCGUGUGCCCCCCAGGCUCUGCCUGGGCAUAAGACUCACCUUGGAGGAGCGGGCCCUGGAGUCCUGUCCCUCCCAGAAGCCCCCAGGCUGGGAUUUCUCAGGCUGCCAGGGCAGGCCCAGGCCUCUCCGGGAUCAGUCCUAGGACGCAGGCUCAGCCUCAGGUUGAUGGGGGAUGAUGUGUUCCCGGGGCCUGCCUCCUGCACGGGGCUCCACGGAGCCCAGCUCCCAGACACGCUACUAAGUGCCUAGGGUUGCCCGCUGUGGCCUGCUCCCAGGGAGCAAGAGAGGCCACCAAGCAGAGGCCCGUGGGGCUGAGAACGGAGCCGCCCCCAGCCGACUCCAAGCCCGUAGAGGGCAGACGCCACCCUGGACUGCUCUCCCUGCCCAGCUGGGCCUCUCUGGCUACUCCAACCUUCCAGGCCCACUGCACUCCUGUCUGGGAGGCCCUGAUUAGGGCAGCCCAGCCCCCACGCCCACCCCCAACCAGAGAAGCACAGAUCUUGGGGAGCUGCCCCACAAGCCCCGCUGGCCACCGAGGGCUGCAGCCGCUGCGCUGCCGGCUUCUCCCCACCACCCUGCCACCUCCACUGUGAUGUAUGUCCGCUCCCUCGUCUGUUCCCCCAGGAUCUCGAAGUGACUCCGGGCUGAGCAGUGGGGCGGCUGGGGGAGGGGUGACGAUUCUCCUCAGGCUUUGGCCCUGCAAGCAAACCCACAUAUCUGCUCUGUAUGUAAUAAACGUCUUAACGUCGUAGCUGCCUGUUCCUGGGCCCAAACCGACACGAAAA